AUGACUUUUAAAACGAAUGGUUUUACCCCUGAAGGCCGAGGAGGUCAUGAGGCUGUCUUACUUAAAAAUACAAUAUAUUUUAUCGGCGGAUCCCGUGCAAUACCAAAUGCAAGUCCAUUCAAAAGUUCUAUACGAAGUUAUAACUUGUCGAAUGAAAUUUUUUACUUGGAUCUUGCAUCACCAUUCUCUACAACAAGUCCACCGUACGUAGAUCUUAGUGGGACUUCUGCGAGAUUGCAAUAUGGAAAUGAAAAAG